UCCCACCUUCAGACCUUUUGCUUCAACAACACCAACGUUCAAAAUCACCACUAUCAAACCGGUAGCUAACAACUUCGUUUAUCGGGCUAAGAUGGAUCCUUCACGUAGUUUUCAUCAAUUCAAUGACCUCCCUAAAGAACUCCGCAACUCGAUCUGGGAAUAUCACUUUCAGAGUCAUCGUCUUCACGUGGUUCAUCCCGGACCCCAGAGUGAGAACAUAAAUUCGAUGAAGGAAGUCUUAUCAUAUUCCUGCACCAUCUUAGAUCCCGCAACCAAUAUUAUCAUUAAGGAUGCACGCCCUCCUUCCCCAGCCAUUAACCGCGAGGCCCUUGAAGUAUUUCAAUGGUGUAAGCGCAAAUGGACCCCUAUUACCUUCACCAAGGAUCUCCCCGAGUCCGUGACGUCGGGUCGGGGUCGACUGCCUCCCCAAUUCGCUCAGUUGGCCUCCACUAAGAUCAACCUCCCAAAAGUAAACGACCGCCCUAUCUAUGUCGACUGGAGCCGUGACCUGCUCUACAUUUGCGCUGCGCACUCCGAGCAGGCUUUCUGGUCUCUACGUUCGACUCCAUGGCGUGGUGACGUUCGGAGUUUAGCGCUGCUUGUACCCCACACCGGGUUUGCCGGCGCCAUCCCGUUUGGAGCAUCGGCCCCUAUCCGCGAGGUUCUUGAAUGUAUGUCGGGACUCGAGGAGCUAUUUAUCGUGUUUAUCCCUCACGAAGGCACGAAGCACUCUCCCACUACUAGCGAGAAUAUCGCCAAACUUAAGAGGGACAUGCACGGUUUCGUCCCCUACGUCAGCUAUCUCAAGGAAGCUGGUCUCGCGACAAGCCUUAUGCUCUAUAACCGCGCCGCAAUGUCAAUUAACAAGGCUAUGUCUGACGCACCGAAGAAAAUCAAGAUCGAGAAGGUUGUCGAUGUCGAUUAUCUCACUACCCCUUUCGGCCACUAUAAACGGAAUGUCCGUGUGCCCUAGGCGACAGCUACUUCGACUUAGCGCUCAUAUAGCAAAGUCGGUUUAUUCAGAGUUCUCGCCUUUUAGGCUUAUAUAGGGAAAUCUAGUUUCAAAUUCAGAAUUAUUGACCUAUGAA